UAAAAAACUAACAGAGAGAAGCGGAGGCGGCGUGCACUGCCAGGGACCGUGCGACGAGCCAGCCCUAACUUUUUCUCUGCUGCCGCUGCCGACGUCGCCGACCGAGCCACCUCCUCUCGGCCGCUACCUCUAGCCGCCACCUACCGCUGCCGUUGUCGCGGGCCAAGCCGCCUCCUUUACCCGUGGCUUAGAAGCACAUGGCGUUUCCAUUUUUACCUUCCAAGCGUCCUUAUGAACGAAAUCCCUUAGAGCCCAAUGGUAGGGGUAAGUGGCAAAAGACUGGACCUUCUAUAACACAGCAAAAUCAGCUGAAAGUGCCUCCAGGUGCUAUUAUCUUCCGAGUACUUUGUCCUGCUUCAAAAUCUGGAAGCGUGAUUGGUAAAGGUGGAGGUAUUGUAGCAAGGAUACGUCAAGAGACCGGUGCAAAGAUUAGACUUGAAGAGACUGUCCCUGGAUGUGAUGAGAGAGUUAUUGUAGUUACUGGGCUGGAGAAAGAUGCAGAACUUGGCAACGAACAGGGUAAAGAAGAUGAUGAAGAAACUGGUACCGAUGAUGGUGGUGAUAAUUCCCAGGAAAUCACUGAGAACAUUGAAGGAGCUAAGGAUUCUUCUCCUGCGGAGAGUUCAAAGUUUGAUGGAGUACCAUCAUCAGUAGUGAAGGCUCUCCUGCUUGUAUUUGAGAGAAUAAUUGAAGGUGAAGCAGAAAAUGACGAUGAAGAUGAAGCAAAUAAGAAGCUUUCCAAUGUUUCUGCAAGAUUACUAGUUCUGUCUAACCAGGUGGGUUGCCUCCUUGGAAAGGGUGGGAGUGUAAUCAAGCAAAUGUCAGCUGAUAGUGGAGCCCAGAUACGGAUACUCCCAAGAGAUAAACUUCCAUUGUGUGCUUCACAACAGGAUGAAAUUGUCCAGUUAACAGGAGGGGUUGAAUCAGUGAAGAAAGCUCUUCAUUUAGUUGCUCAGCAGCUUCUGGAUAAUCCACCCCGUGAACGUGAUUUGUUCCCUCCAAUGGGUUCUUCUGGUCCAUCAUCUCAUCCAUUUGCUUCUGGUCCUCGGCCGGAAGGCGUUCCACCGCUAAAUUAUCAUCAUCCCCAUCAAGGGCCACCAUUCUCAAACAGGCCCCAUCACAUUGCUGACUUUCAUCCAAGCAUCGGUCCACCUUUUCCUAAAUUUCAUGAAAGUGGACCACCUCUGCAGCCUCAACUUUCUCCAGAGCUAAUAACUUACAGGUUAUUCUGUUCCAGCGACAAAGUUGGAAGUGUGAUAGGGAAGGGAGGGAACAUUGUUAAAGGUCUUCAAAAUGACACUGGUUGUGAAAUUAAAGUUCUGGAGACAACUCCUGAGUCAGAUGAUCGGAUUAUAGUGAUAUCUGGUCUUGCGCUUCCAAGUGAUAGGAUCGCACCAGUACAGGAUGCAGUUCUUCGUGUUCAGCAUAGACUAGUGAUGGCUGUACCUGAUGCUAAAGAUAGCACUGUUUUGUCAAGGCUUCUUGUUGCUUCCAACCAAACUGGUUGUCUUCUUGGCAAAGGUGGUGCUAUAAUAGCAGAAAUGAGGAAGCUUUCGGGAGCUCAUAUUCGUAUUCUCGGUAAAGAUCAGAUCCCCAAGGGUGUGCCAGAAAAUGAUGAGGUAGUCCAGAUAUCUGGUGAAUUUGGAGCAGUUCAGGAAGCUUUGUUGCAAAUAACCUCUAGACUGAAGCAUCACGUUUUUCGUGAUAAGUUAUCUGCUAUGAAUCCUAAUGCGCCUCCUGCUUUUAUCGAGCAAUUACCUCCAUAUGGUCUGUACAUGGGGAGGAGGGAAUCUUCACCCUCCAGGUUGUACCCGAAUUUGCCCCCAUUUCAGAAGGAUCCUGUUGGUCGCCUGUUUGAAGAAAGAUCUGCAUUUGCACAUCCAGUUCAUGGUCUGGGUAUUCCACCACUUGGUAUUGAAAGACCUGCACCAUGGCUGCCUCAGGGUAUGAGGGAUGUAGGCGGUCCCAUGCCUUUACCUGAUUACCCAGGAGGAGUUCCACAAAGAAGGAUGGGUGGAUUUGCUAGUGGAAGCCAGCCAGUGCCUAUCACAAGUGUAGAUGUUGUGGUUCCUCGAUCCCUUGUACCUUCUAUCUAUGGUGAAGAUGGAGGUUGCCUGAGGCAUAUCCGUGAGAUCUCAGAAGCCAAAAUUACCAUCACUGAACCCAGACCUGAGGCAACAGAGACAGUGAUUAUAAUAUCUGGAACACCAGAGCAGACCCAUGCUGCCCAAAGCCUCAUCCAGGCUUUUGUAUUGAGUGAAACUGCUUCUUUAGAUUCCACCAAACCCUGAGUAUGCAGCUUGAUAUGUUGGCAUACUGAAGAUUUUUGAGACUUCAGAGUGCAGGUUUGCCGAUCUUUUAGAAGUGGAAGUAAAGGAGGUCCAUGGUAGACCCAAUAUUUAUAGUUUUUAUUGAGAAACUUCAUAUUGGUUGAUGAAAUAAUUCAACAUUAUAUGUUUAAAUUCUUUAGAGGAGGGAUAUGGAAUUAGUUUAACUUGGAUAGUUAUCGCAUAUUGCAAGGAGUUUAGGUGUUGCUUUCUAUGCCAUUGACCUCAUCCCAUUUCAUGGUUCAGCUGAACUUUUUGUCUUUAUUAGAAAUUAAUGACUUUUCUAUGAUCUUUUGUGAACCAUGAGGUUUACCUGCAUGCUGCUGGAUAUAUAACUGUCUGGCUAAAUAUUUGUGGUUGGCUAUAAUGAUUUUUGUCUUCGAAUGACCAAAGAAGUUAAUUAUAGUAAAUUCAGAUGGCUGAGGAAAUUGAUUUUGUAAGUGCUACUGAAGUAAAAAGACAUACGAUAAAUUGUGUGACUGUAUAACAUGAACAAAAUUCAGAGCCAAAGAAUCCAUCUUCCCUCUUGAGUUUGUAUUCCAUCAAGUGGAGUGGAGGUGCAAAACAUAGAUCUUCAACCGCUGUUAACUGUGUCAUGAAUUAAUAUUUGCUUGAAGUGGAGGUGUUGUUUAGCAGAGUAAAGAUUAUCAGACAUUAUGCUUUUUAUUUAUAAUAACAAGGAAUUUGUGGUGAUUAUAGUAGACCUUUAUUGUUUUGUUGGGGGGUAGGGUUACUGAAAUAUUACAAAUUAUAAAUGUUGGUUCAUAUGGCACAUUAUAAUAUUAUAUACUAGAGCAUGCUGCAAAGGGUGUCUCGCAUGGAGGCAAACUAGGAGUACAUUCUAUCUUCCAUGCUUGAUGGGUUCUGGGUUUUAUUGGGUUUUAUUUCCUUUUGAGCCAUUUGGUGAAAAUGUCACUAUAGAUGUCAUUGUUUUCAUAUUUGGUUUAUAUAUACUACAUUGUACUCAGGAAGAAAGAUAUUUGUUGAAAUAACCUCUCUGCCUUCCUUUUAUUCUGUUAAUGAAGAAAGUGAAAAUCUGAUCAUUUGAUGAAAUCUGAGGUUGUGGGUUAUGCAGAACAAGGUGAGGUUGAUUAUUCUAUCUGAUUUCUUGUAUGCUGAUAUUAAUGAUUUGUAUUCAUGCUAAUUAUUUACCAUAACAAAUGCAUGAGUAUUAGGAAACUUUGUUAUUGAUAAUUAAAUUCUCGUUAGUUGGCAAGAUCUAUGCUAAAGUAACUUUGAUAUGAAAGAGCUGGAAAAGUUUUUCUAUUUAGAAAGGAACUGGUUUUAAGUUCUAAAUAGACCAGUGAUUUAAAAAGCGUCAGGCGUCAAAAGGCGUUAAGGUCCAAAAACGCCCGAGGCGCUAGGCGCUCGUCCGAGCGAAGCGAGGCGCUAAAAUAUAAAUAUAUAUAAUAUAAUUAAUAAAUAUAAUUAUUUAAAAUUAAUAAUUUUAAAUAAAUCUAACAAUAUUAACAGUAUACAAUAUACUAUUAACAGUAUACAAUAUAUUGGUAACAGUAUACAGAAGGAGAAGAAGGAAGAGUAUAAGGGGGUGUUGACUGCUGACUGAGAAAAGAGGAAGUGGCAACGGUAGCGGGAGUGUAAGGAUGCAGCGGCAACGGGAGCGGCGAGCAGCGACAACGGUAGCGGCGAGCAGCGAGAGGAGCGGCGAGUAGCGGGCGCGGGAGCGGCAGCGGCAGCGGCAAUGAGCAGGGUUAGGGUUGGGCAGCGACAACUGAUAUCGGUUUUAGUUGGUUCGAUUGAACCAACUAACCACCGGAGACCGAACCAGACCUAAAAUCCUGGUUCGGUCACUUGGUUUAACCCAGGCGCUCGCCCUAAGCGCCUAAUGCUUGGGCUCGAGCGAGCGCCCAGGUGGUGCCUCUUAGAAGCGCGUCGCCUGGAAGUUUAGGGAGGCGCUCGGGCCUCGCCUCGCCUCGCCCGAGCGCCUAGGCGAGCGCCUGAGCGCCUUUUUAAAU